AUAUGUGGCCACUCCAUUAGCGAGACUUUUGAACGUCAAGGAGAAAGUCCGGUUAAAAGCCACACCGAAUCCCAUCUUAGAAAAACAUUACACUUCUUCCUGCAAACAUCCCAAACAGGCGGACAUCGAGGCCCUUUCAAAGAAAAGCGGAUGCUCCGCCCGGCAGGUCGAGCGCUGGUUCCGGCGCCGGCGCAACCAGGACCGGCCCAGUUUGCUGAAGAAGUUUCGGGAAGCCAGUUGGCGAUUCACCUUUUACCUUAUUGCUUUCAUUGCUGGCAUGGUUGUUAUAGCAGAUAAACCCUGGUUUUACGAUCUCCGGAAAGUUUGGGACGGCUAUCCUGUCCAGGUGAGCAAAAGAAAUUUAACUUUGAUUUCUAAUCAGAUUUUCCUGGGUUCGCAUUUCAGUACUUGAUCUGCUUCAUCGUCCGGGAGAAAGCGAUGAGACUUGUGGAUAUGGAUCCUUAGGUUACAAUUGGACCUCAAUAUCCAUGGGUUUUGCAUCCACUGAU